UAGCUGGCAGAUAAAUCUAUACAUAAUAUGUACAGUAUAUUGAUAGUUAACCCCUACUACACCACACUCUCUUGUUUGGUUGUUUUUCAGCGGGAGUGAGGCAAAAAGAAAUGCGAGUGUUCAGAUUUAAGAAUUACUACAUGACAGUGGUUAUAUGUGUAAUUGUAGUCUGUAUGUUGCUGGUCUUUCAAACCCCUUUGAAUGAGAUCUCAGAUGGGAUGUGUGCGUGUAGUCACUGUGUCAGACAGCAGACCCAUAGUUCUUGGUUUAAUCAACUCUACUACCCCUCUAUCCAAAUGCUGCUUACCAAGGAAAAUCACAUGCUCAAGCAUAAUAUCCUCAAGUAUUGGAAGGGUCUUCAGAAAAAUAAAAUAUUUAAUGAAGCUAGCUACACAGAAGUGGUGAAUAAGUUGUUUUCGCUAUUUCCUAAUGAAGAACGCUACACUGAUGCUGGACCACAGCGCUGUAGAACCUGUGCUGUGGUUGGGAACUCUGGGAACCUCCUAGGAUCCCAUUAUGGGUGUCAAAUAGAUCUUCAUGACUUUGUCAUUAGGAUAAAUAAGGGUCCAACGAAAGGUUAUGAAAAGGAUGUGGGUUCGAAGACCACUCAUCGGUUCAUCUAUCCUGAGAGUGCCGUGGAUUUGGACAACUCCACCCAUCUGGUGCUUUCCCCAUUUAAGAUCCUGGACAUGCAGUGGCUCAUCAGUGCUUUCACCACUAAAAACAUCACAAGAACAUACAUAAAAGUUAAGCCGAGUGUAAAUGCCAACAGACAUAAGGUAAUGAUUCUUCAUCCUGCUUUUAUAAAAUACGUCCACGAGGUUUGGCUACUAAAGCACGGCCGAUAUCCUUCUACUGGCUUUCUCGCAAUUGUAUUCGCCCUGCACGUCUGUGACCAGGUUUCCACGUUCGGGUUUGGUGCCGAUCAGUAUGGAAACUGGUAUCACUACUUUGAGAAAACCGGGCGUAACCUUCAUACGGGCGCUCACAGCGGCAGUUUCGAGUAUGAUACCAUGAUGCGGCUGUACCUGGAAAACAAAGUCCAGGUGUUUAGAGGAAGAUAAUUAAGAUAUUUCUAAAUUUGCACUUUUUACUUCUGCACUGCCACGAGAGCAAACAGUAUCACAAUGACACAAUGACAUACUGUAUACUCUGAACAUAAUAAUACUUGCAUAAUUUUUGCCUUGAGCAAUGUUGUGUCAGCAGAAUGCAGAUGUCUGUGUUGGUUAGCCUAAAGCUACUCAUGAACUUGUUGACUUUGGUGAAAAGCAUAGCGUCACACAUUCAUUCUGGUUAGUCAUACGUGUGUGAGGAAGUUCAUACAGCUUUUGUGCCAAAUUACCUGGGUAGAUUUCUUACAGAUACCACCUACAAUAAAG